AUGCCUCGGAUACGUCUGCCACCGGGGUUUAAGUUCCAGCCAACCGACCAGGAAUUGAUUUUGGUCUAUCUUUUACCAAAGAUUCGAGAGAAUUUGGCUGACGACUUCAUUAAAUUCUCUGAUGACGUUUAUAAAAAGCCACCCUCAGAGUUCUGUACUGAUUCCACGGCUUUGUAUGGACAUGACAACAUUGGGAAGCACUAUUUCUUCACCCGCUUAAGGAGGUCCAAUCGAAAGGUGGUUCGCACGGUUGGCUCUUGUGGAUCCUGGCAUGAAAGCAAAAAAUAUAAUAUAGUGAACAACGAAGUGACUAUUGGGUGCAAAAGAUUGUUGAAUUUCAAACUGAAGGGUGAAGGUGAAUGUAACGCUACAAAAACUACCGAGUGGAUAAUGCACGAAUUCAGUCACAGCAAUGAAAGCCCCGAUAUAGUUCUGUGUGUGAUUCAGAAUAAGAAGAAGGACGAGGAGAAGGGUUUGGGUUCGCCUUUGGUUUUGGGUUUGGGUUGGGGUUCAGGUUCGGGUUCUAGAAGAAGUUUAACAAUUACAUCGGUGGAAUCGGGUUCGCCGAGGAGUUUUUUUGACAAUCCGGAUAUAUUUGAAGAGAUUUACGCAUUCCCCCCUUAUUACGAAAAGACAACUGAGGUUGAGAGACGGCCUGGGGAGCUUAAUGAUCUUGCUGAUGACCCAGUCAUCCAAUUUGACCCAAUGUCUUUACUGCGCGACGAACCAUGCCCUGCCCAAGAUGAAGAAAUCCAGCAGAGCAUGAAUAUGGGACCUCAAUGUGAUAAUGACCUAUUCUCUGGUUGUUCUGGUUUCAUUCCCCUGACACUGCUGAAUGAAGAUGCUCCAAUUCAUUCACCUGAAUUUGAUCAGUACUUCAAUUAA